AUGAAUAAGGAACUCUGGGCUUCGAUUUUUUUUUACUUAAGUUGGUACAUCGCUGUAGCCUCCUGUUAUGCUAAUACAAUCUACACUGUUUUUACACUGGAUUCAAGAACAAAUCUAAUGCUAGCUGGCCUCGUUAUUUUAUUAAUUGACUCAGCUUUUGUAAUUAUCUAUUUUAUUUUUUGCUUUAUUAUAGAGCCAGGAGAAGUGAAAUACAAUAUUAACAUCAGGGAUUUAUCAGAAGAAAGUAAAUAUACUCCAUCAGACUGUAUCGAUGAAAACGAUGUCAUACCAGCAAAGGUGCAUUUAUGUACUUCUUGCAACUUAUGCAGACCUCCUCAUGCUAUUCAUUGCUACAGCUGCAAAAGAUGUGUUUUUUAUAGGUAUAACCAUAACUUUUUCUUCAGAAAAUGCAUUGGCUACUAUAAUUUCAAGUUUCAUGCAAAUCUGUAUUUAUAUAUUGCAAUCGGUUCAAUAAUUGUUUUUGCAUUGAACUAUGAAGUCAUGAAAAACACAAAGGCACCUUCCUACGGAUUAGACGUUGUGUUCACGUGCAUAUAUUCUGGCUUAGCAGCUUUUUUCAAUUUGGCAGCGUUCUUAGAUAUGAUAAGGGCUGCUACAGAUAUAUCAUAUUUAUUAGAGAAAAAGCAAGACAUAUAUGGAAGCGCCUCAUUGUAUGAGAAUUUUCAGAUAUUUUUUGGUGAAAAAAGUUGGACUUGGCUUUUACCAAUCAAGGUAUCUGAAAUAGAGAGUUUGUUUAUAGAUUUAAGACUCAAUACUCACUAUGGAGGAGUAAUUCAAUUGCAUGAUAAAUUUAUAAUCUAG